AUGAAAGAAACAGGUUAAUUGAAACCGGUCACAUAGAAGAAAAAUAAGAGUAACUUUUUAUUGGAAAUGAAUGAAAAGGAUAAAGAAGUCAAUAAUCAGAUUAUAAAGAAUAUGAAUAAGAGAGUAAAUUAUCUAAAGAAUCCUCGAUACAAAAUAAACAAAGCACCUGUUCUAUUUUCUUAUAUCAACACAAAAUAAGUAAGAUUAGAUUGAAUUAAUUUAGGAUAUAGUAGUAGAGAAAGAUUAAGUGACAUCUUUUAGAGUUUUUCCCAAAUAAUUGGUGUUUAGAGAGUACAUGUUGAAUGGGAUGUAUGAAAUAGAUUUGUAUGUUACAAAUGCCACCGGUAUUUUGUAGAGAGUGAAAGUGCUGCCCCCUGAAAAGUGAGUGAAUUAACAUAAUUUUAGAAAGGAGUUUCAGAUAGCAUCAAUAAAAUAUCCAACAAAAGAGGAUGGAUGUAUAGCUCCAGGAAUGAGUGCGAUAUUAAAGGUGAGAUUUAAUCCAUCUUCAUUGGCAGAGUUUGAUGAUACAAUUGCUGUAAUAACAGAGGAUCACAUCUUAAAAGUUCCAUUAUUAGCUAGAAAGGAACCUCCAUAAUUAGACUUACCAUCAUAAUUAGAUUGUUAAAGUUGUUGGAUUGGUGAUCAAGUAGAAACUAGAUUUGUUGUAAAGAAUUCUGGAGGAGAAGCAGGUUAUCGUUUUUUUAUUAAUAAUCAAUAAGAUUAGUAAGAAGAAGAAAAUUAUAUAUAGAUUGGCAAUUUUUAUUUAUCUCCUGCUGAGUUUUUUUUGCAUAAAGGAGAAACUUAAAUCAUUUAGGCUAUUUUUAAACCAGAUCUUGAAGGAGAAGUAAUAGAGAAUAUCAUCUUAGGAUGUGAUAAUUUAACUUAGGCUACAUUAAAAUUAAUUGGGAGAGGCAAUAUGGUAGAAUUAGGAAUCUUAGGAAUUGAUAAUAUUAAUCUAGAAAAUUCAGAAUAAUUACAUAAAAUAUUUUUUAAUGAUCCUAUUCCUAAAGUUGAGACCAGUAGAAAAUUAAAAAUAAGAAAUAAGACAUCAGUUAAAGUUAAAUAUCAUUGGUAUUUACAAAAUGAUGAUAAAGAAUUAAAAUUGGAAGAUGAACAAAAUUAUUAUACUAUAUAACCUCCAGAAGGAUAUUUUUAACCUAAUGAAAUUGUAGAUUUUGAAAUCUUCUUAAAGAGUGAAGAAUAUUAUCCUCUAUUUUAAACUGCUUAUUUAAUUAUAGAUGAUAUCCCAUUUGAAAGUAUUCGAAAUCCUCCUCCUAAUUUGAAAUAAUAAUUUGAAAAUAAUUCAUAAUCUGUUGCUAUUGGAUCUAAUAGUAUUAAACCAUCUAUUACCUAUUUUGAAUUUGAAUUAAUUAGUAAAUCUGCACUUGCUGAAGUUAGUGUUACACCUCAAUUCUACAAAUUUCCUGUUCCUAUAUGUGUGAAUACUUUAUAGACUUAUAAAUUUAAAUUGUUUACAACUUCUAAAACUUAAAUUAAAUAUUCAAUUAAUUCACUUCAAUUAGACUAUUUUUAUAUUUAAGAAAAAUAAGGUAUCAUUAAUAGUGAAGCUGAGAUCAUUUUAGGAGUUCAAAGUACAGAAGUUGGCUAAAUCAAAUUAGAAUAUAGAAUUGACUUUGAUUAUGCUAACUCUAUAUUAAUAACAGUCUUUGCUGAGAUUAUAGCUCCAAUUAUAUCAGUUAAAUAAAGUUGGUUGAAUUAUGGAUUAAUUCAAACUUAUUCUUUGGAAUCAUAAGAAUUAACAAUCAAUAAUUAAUCACCAGUUUCCGCUUUGAUUAAAGCCUAAUCAGGAUCUGAUUAAAGAUUAUUAUUUAAUAAAGAUCAAUUUGAGAUUAAACCAAAUAGUUCUAUUUAAUUUAAAGUUGAGUUUUAAUCGAGAGAAGCAGAAACUUACAAUGAUUUCUUAUAUUUUCAAGUUGAAAAUGGUGAUUGCGUAGUUUUAGAUGUAUUUGCAGAGGUUUAGAAUCCAAGUGUUUCAUUAAAUAGAUUAUCUUUAAAUAUUGAUACUUUGUAUUGUGGGAAUACAUAUACUUUUGAUUAAAGAGCAUAAUAAUACAUAAUGUUAUAAAAUUUAGGAAAUAUCAGUACACCUUUUGAAUGGGUUGUAGAUAAUGAAAAAUAAGAUAAAUAUUUGGUUUAAUUUGAACCAAAAAAAGGAGUUCUAAAACCUAAAACAAAUUAAAUAAUGAAAUUUUCUAUAAAACCAAAAGAAGGAGGGAAAUUAAAUGAACUUUUUGUAUGUGAAGUUCAAGGAUUGUAAUAUCCAUUAGGUUUUGAAAUGAAUACUAUGAUUUAUGGUUUAUCUGUAGAAUAUGAAUUGGUUGAUGAUAGUGCACAUAUAUCUUCAAAAACAUCAGUUAGUUCAAAAUCAAAAAGUUUAAAAGAUUCAAGAAAGUCACUUUUGAAGGCAGAUACUGAAAUAAAAAAUUAAUAGAUGGAUAAAUUAGAAUUUUAUAAUUGUACAAUAAAUUAACCAAAGUAAGCAAAAUUUUUGAUAAAGAAUACAUCUGGUAUUCAUACAUAAUUUAAUUUAUUUAUGAGAAAAUAUUAACCACAUGCUUUAGAAGAAUAAUCAACACUUUUUGAUGAUUUUGAUGCUAAAUCAUAGGCAGCAAGAACAAUAAAGUUUGCUGAAUCUUCAAUAUCAAAAUCAGUAUCUAAAAAAGGAAAGAUUACUUAAGGUGGAAGACCAGUAGUGUUAUUAACAAAUAAGAUAGAGAAAACACAUAAUUUUACAUCAGAAGCAGGAUUGAAAUUAAAUAAAUAAAAGAAGAUGGAACAUGAUUAGAGAGUGUAUUUAUCAAAUAAUUUGGGAAUAGCAGUAGUAUUUGAACCAUCAUAAGGUACAUUGAAUGCAUAUGGAUCAGUAGUAGUUUAGGUAACUGUAUUUAAUGAUAUAUGUGGAUUAUUUGAAGAUUUAAUGUGUUGUGAUAUUAGAGGAUUACCAACAAAAGAAUUUCCAAUAGCAAUAGAUAUUAAAGGAUCUCCAAUAGUAAUAAGUCCAAGUUAAUUGGGAUUUAAUUAUAAGACAGACUUUCCUACAUUUGAUCUGGGUACUUAUAUGAGAAAUUUUGGAACAAUUAGUAGAGAUUUUAGAGUGUAGAAUACAGGUCCUUAAGAUGUUGAAUUAGAAUGGAAAAUUUAUAAUUUAGGAAAUAGUACUAUAUCUGAUUAUUUUAAUAUUAAAAUAACAGAUCCAUAAUUAGGAUCAGAUUAAUUAUGUGAUGUAUAAUUUAUAGCAAAUGAACCUCCAGAAUCAAAAGAUGGUCCAUUUUAAGUGGUACCAAAUAAAGAGAGAAUUAAAUAAAGGAAGGAAAAACAUUUUACUUUACAUUUCACUACUUAAGAUACUGGAAAUUAUAGUGCUUGUUUAGUAGCAAGACCAAGACUUAUAAAUUAAGAUAAAACUAUAGGAGAAGUCGCUUUUUAUGUUAAAAGUGAAACUAUUACACCUUAUUUGACAUUUGAUAAACUUGAAAAGUUAGAGGGAGGAUUUUAAGUUAAAUUUUAAAAAUGGUCAAGUGGUUUUAAUGAAAAAUAAGAAAAGAAAUUGGUUUUAGUAAAUAGAUAGAAAUCAAGUUUUGUUUGCACUUUUGAGAUUGAAGGACCAUUUAAAUUAAUAUAGACAUCAACAAAUUCUCCUUAAAAAUAUGAAUUAGGUAUGAAGAGUGAAAUAGCAAAGACAUUUAAUUUAGUAACAGAUUCACAUGUAGAAUUGUUAAUAAAGUUUGAUGGUUAUUAACCUAGUGAUCCAAUUAAUUGGCCUCUUACUUAUAAAGUGUAUCAUCAUGGAUCAAUUAAUAUAUUUUAUGCUAAUGGAGAUAAACAAUCAAUAUAAUUAGAAGGAAUUUUACUUAGACCUUUUGUUCAUUUGAAUACUUCUGGAAUUGAUUAAGUAGAAGGUCCUGAAGUAUUGGAUUUUGGAGAAGUUUAAGAAGUUAAAACAAUAGCUAUAUAUUUAUCAAAUUUAUCAUUAGUACCUGCAUAAUGGAAAUUAUAACAUUAAAAGAAUCCUUUAAGAAAAAAUGUUGUUGAAAGAACUAUGACUUUAGAGGAUAAAGAAGAAAUGAAGAAAACUGAUGAUCCUUCUGUUUUUGAAUUUUAAAUUACUGAAGGAAAAUUAGAUGGUCCAUCUACUAUGGUUCAUACAUUACCUCAUGCUACAUGUUUACCAUAUCAAAUUACCAUUGAUGAUAUUAGAGAAUUAGGUGUUUAACCAUUUAAGAUACUUAUUAGAUUCAAAGUAAUUUAUUUAUCAUUAUUUAUAGCCUACUGCUGAAUUAUUAUAUAAAUCUAAAUAUAGAAUCAAAGUAUAGGAUGGACCUAGUGUAGAUUUCAUUCUCAGAGGCACAGGUAAAGAUUUAAUCAAAAGAAAAGUAUGA